CCACACUGAGGGAGGACAGGGAGCCGGAGACUUUGUGGUUGCCUACAGGCUAUGGCGAGACCAGUUCAGAGUUUCCAACUGUGGUCUGCCCUCGGGUUCCUGCUGCAGCUUGCAAUCUUUCUGGGGAAACUCGGUCCACAGGUCCAAUCCAUCAGGCCAGAGAGCCUUCUGUUUGUCUCUACCUUGGAUGGAGGUCUCCAUGCCCUGAACAAGCAGACAGGGGACUUGAAGUGGACAGUGAAGGAUGACCCCAUCAUCCAGGGACCAAUGUAUGUCACAGAAAUGGCCUUCCUCUCUGACCCAGCUGAUGGCAGCCUGUACAUCUUGGGAACCCAGAAGCAACAGGGGCUGAUGAAACUGCCAUUUACCAUCCCAGAGCUGGUUCACGCCUCUCCUUGUCGCAGCUCUGAUGGUGUCUUCUACACGGGCCGGAAGCAGGAUGCCUGGUUUGUGGUGGACCCUGAGUCAGGGGAGACUCAGAUGACACUGACCACAGAGGGCCUUUCUACUCCUCAACUCUACAUUGGCCAGACACAGUACACAGUCUCCAUGCAUGACCCACGGACCCCAGCCCUGCGCUGGAACACAACCUACCGCCGCUACUCCGCGCCCCCUGUGGACGGCUCACCUGGGAAAUACAUGAGCCACUUGACAUCCUGUGGGAUGGGCCUGCUUCUCACUGUGGAUCCAGGAAGUGGAACUGUGCUGUGGACACAGGAUCUGGGAGUGCCUGUGACAGGGAUCUACACAUGGCAUCAGGAUGGUCUGCGACAGCUGCCCCAUCUUACCCUGGCUCGGGAAACUCUACAUUUCCUUGUCCUCCGCUGGGGCCACAUCCGUCUUCCUGCCUCCAGCUCCCAGGACACAGUCACCCAGUUCUCUUCAUUAGACACCGAACUUUUGAUGACACUGUAUGUGGGGAAAGAAGAAGCUGGUUUCUAUGUCUCUAAAGCACUGGUCCAUGCUGGGGUGGCCCUCGUGCCCCGUGGACUGACCCUGGCACCCAUGGAUGGCCCCACAACAGAUGAGGUGACAGUUCAAGUCUCGGGGGAGCGAGAGGGCUCACCCAGCACUGCUGUCAGAUACCCCUUGGGCAGCGUGGCCCUUCCCAGCCAGUGGCUACUCAUUGGAUACCAUGAACCUCCCCCUGUCCUGCACACCACCAUGCUAAGGGUUCAGCGCACCCCAGGGAAAGGGUCUGCUGACACAAGAGACUCAGACGACCUCCACGCUCCAGCUCUCUCCUUCGAGUUCCUAAACCUGAAGAGGGAGGAACCUUGGGAUCCAGAACUACAUCCUGAAGAGAAAGCUGACGCUUAUCCAGGGCUGGGAUCCCAAGACCUGCUAGCAGCUAGCUUCACUGCCAUUCUCUUGGGAGCCUGGGUCCUCUACCUGAUGAGGCAGCAGCAGCAGAGUCCUUCAGCACCUGCAGGCCCUUCGGACCUCUCACAAGACACUCAGGUACAGCUCUCGAGGGACACCCUACAGAACCAGAGGAGUUUUCAAAGCUCCCCAGAGCCAGCCCAGCCAGCCCAUGAUCCUGAAGCAGAGCAGCCCACUGUAGUGGGGAAGAUUUCCUUCAACCCUAAGGAUGUGCUGGGCCGUGGGGCAGGAGGAACUUUUGUUUUCCGAGGACAGUUUGAGGGACGGGCAGUAGCCGUGAAGAGGCUCCUCCGAGAGUGCUUCAGCUUGGUUCGACGAGAGGUGCAGCUGCUGCAAGAGUCUGACAGGCACCCCAAUGUGCUGCGCUACUUCUGCACAGAGCAGGGCCCCCAGUUCCACUACAUUGCCUUGGAACUCUGCCAGGCUUCCUUGCAAGAGUAUGUGGAGAGCCCAGACCUAGACCGCUGGGGCCUGGAGCCUACCAUGGUGCUGCAACAAAUGAUGUCUGGCCUGGCCCACCUGCAUUCUUUACACAUAGUACACCGUGACCUCAAGCCGGGCAACAUUCUCAUGGCUGGGCCUGACAGCCAGGGCCAAGGCAGAGUGGUCAUCUCUGACUUCGGCCUCUGCAAGAAGUUACCUGCUGGCCGUUGUAGCUUCAGUCUCCAUUCUGGUAUUCCCGGCACAGAAGGCUGGAUGGCCCCAGAGCUACUGCAAGUGCCCCCAGACAGCCCGACCAGCGCGGUGGAUAUCUUCUCUGCAGGCUGUGUGUUUUAUUAUGUGCUUUCUGGUGGCAGCCACCCCUUCGGAGAGAGUCUCUACCGCCAGGCCAACAUCCUCUCAGGGGACCACUGUCUGGCUCAACUGCAGGAAGAGACCCAUGACAAGGUUGUGGCACUGGACUUAGUGAAAGCCAUGCUGAGCCUGCUGCCCCAGGAUCGCCCCUCAGCAGGAUGGGUGCUGGCUCACCCCCUCUUUUGGAGCAGAGCUAAGGAACUCCAGUUCUUCCAGGAUGUCAGUGACUGGUUGGAGAAGGAACCAGAGCAGGGACCUCUCGUGACGGCGCUGGAGGCAGGAAGCUACAAGGUGGUCCGGGAAAACUGGUACAAGCACAUCUCAGCACCUCUGCAGGAAGACCUGAAAAGGUUCCGGUCAUAUAAAGGGACAUCAGUGCGAGACCUGCUCCGUGCCAUGAGGAACAAGAAGCACCACUACAGGGAGCUCCCAACCGAGGUGCGCCAGACACUAGGCCAACUUCCCGCUGGCUUCAUCCAAUACUUCACACACCGCUUUCCCAGGCUGCUACUCCACACUCACCGUGCCAUGAGGACCUGUGCUUCUGAGAGCCUCUUCCUGCCCUACUAUCCACCGGCGUUAGAAGCCAGGGGGUCCUGCCAGGUGCCACAAAGAGCGGAGACAUCCAGAGGCCCCAGAGGCAGACCAAGGAGUUGAGCCUGUGGCUCAAUCUGGCCUCAGGAGUGUCAGAAA